UUGCUGUAUUAAGGGAGCUCUGUGAAAGGCUCAGAAGCUCAAUCGGACCACACAUUCGUCAGCUGUCUCGAGGCCGGGUUUGCACUCUCAAAUAGACGUCGCCACAGAAGCGAGUCUUCGGGGAGCUGAGCAUCGCAAUACGUCAAGCAGCAUUCCUCUUUCUUAUUCUCUUGAUCAAUGGCCGACCCUACCUCGGCAGAAGCAGGAGCGUCGUCCGCGUCGGGCUUUGAUCCGGCCAGGGAGUUCCCAAACAUCGUUUGGAAUUUCGACAACCUCCAGGACCCGGCGGCCGCCGCCACUGCCACUGCCGUCCCCACCGAGGUCGCGGUCCCAGAUCCGGAGUCAGACGUGGAGAUGAGCGGAAGGGGCAUCAUGACCGCCCCUCCCACGCCGUCGGCGCCCCCGUCAGCGCAGCCCACCGCCGAGGCUGCGUCUCCGGCGAAGAAGGCGAGGAGCACGCCCGCCAAGCGCAAGGCGGCGCCGGAGGUGGUGGCGGUGGAGGGAUCCUCUAGAAAGAAGGCCAAGACCGCCAAUUCCCGCCCCAAGAGCGACGCCAGGCAAAAGCCAUCGGCACCCGUCGCGCCGGCUGCCCCCAAGGAGGAUAAGGUCAAGGCCAGGGCGGCCAAGAACCUGGCCAGGAAGGAGACGAAGCGCGACAACCGGCGGCUGAAGCGCAAGGAGAUCCGGUCCAAGCACGCAGGCGAGGGUCGGGACCAGUCCGCAGGGGCGGAGGAAGUGGUGGAGGUGCUCGGGAAGCCCGAGGUUGUGGUCCUGGAGGCUGCCGCAGGGGAUGCCGAGGAUACCGACGCACCUGAGAGCAAGGCUCAAUCGAAUGCUACAGGGGUCCAGGAGAGUGCUUCUAGAGCUGCCGCCCCAGCGGAUAAGCGCGAAGGUGAGGUUUCGGAGCCAGCUACACAGGAUGCCGAGAAAGUUGAAACGCCCUUCUCAGGCCGAAUGACUAGAAGACGGGCCAAGAUGGCAGGUACCAGUUGAAUAUAGGACUAGACAGAGGGUUUGGGUUUUUAAUUGGUUAAGAUAUAUGGCGUUAUACAACAAUUAAUGGUCGAAAUGGCGCCCUGAUCAUGUCUUCCCACGGUUCAUUAUCAAUCUAAUUAUUGAUAUAUCGCGAUUAGAAUACAAGUCAGGAGUUGUGCAUUCC